ACACAUUCUCUCUCUAAUGCAAGUCGACACAAAAUGUUGACUAAAAGUACACUCAAAGUCUAAGGGUGGAGCUCCUUUUCCUCUCCAAGUUUAUCUCUUUCCCACCGAGCUUGUGGAGUGAAAAGCUGCGUGAGAUUAGCAGAGGUAGGGGAGUGAUUCAACGAAGCUUUGAGUGUACUGGGAGUGAUUCAAGACAUUCCUGUCUGAAGCGACUGACUUCUAUAGCAAUUUGACCAAGGCUUUCAGAGAAGUUUGUGGUCUGCCAGGGGAGGUGUUCUUGUAUAACAAAGGAGACAGUUCAUUUUCUACUGAACAAAUGAAAUUGAGCAAGUGUCAGUUUGCAUGCCACCGCUUUCUAAUAUGUCUUGGGGAUCUUGCUAGAUAUGGCGAGCUUUGUAAGAAACAGGAUGCUUCUAAAUGGUCGGUUGCGUUUACUUACUACUUAGAAGCAAGCAGGAUAUGGCCAGCUAGCGGGAAUCCCCAUAAUCAACUGGCACUGUUAGCAACAUAUGUUGGCGAUGCUUUCCUGGCAUUGUACCACUGCACGAGAAGUUUAGCUGUUAAAGAACCUUUCCCUGAUGCAUGGAAUAACCUUAUGCUACUCUUUGAAGAGAACGGGUCAUCCCAUCUGUCUUCACUUUCCAGUGAGACACACAUCGAUUUGUUAAAGCCAUUUGAAAAAGUCUCCUUGCAGGCCGCACCACAGUCUCUCACUGGAUCUUCAAAUAAGAGUAACUUGGAAACUAACAACAUCUUUUCUACUGCAAAAACUGAACUCUGGCCCCUCUUUGUGAGAUUGAUAAGUUUUUUCCUUGGGAGAUCCAGGUAAUUAGAGCAACACAAUAUUCUCUUGAUCUGACUUAUAUUCUGGCUAACCCAUCAGAAGACAACAAACAGGAUUAGUCCCUGCUGAUUUUGUGACUAUUUUCAUUUCUGUUAUUAGUUAUGGUGCUUGUGAAGAUAAAAAAUCAUGUUGUUAUUUGCUAUUACUUCUGUGUGGCGGACCAUUAGUUAGUCAAGCUUGCAAGAAC